AUGUUCAAACAAAGAAUCGUUGGAUAUUUAACAACAGACACUCCGACCAUAUCUAACACUGGAAAAGUUGAAUUUUUUGAAGAAAUUGAAUCUUUGAAAAAAGAAACUAAAAAAUUACGAGACAAUGGCGUUAACAUAAUUAUUGGUCUCGGACAUAGUGGCAUUGAAAAAGAUAAAAUAAUUGCUAAAGAGGUAGAGGAUAUUGAUAUAAUUGUUGGAGGGCAUUCACAUACGUUUUUGUACUCUGGUACUCCACCCAGCAUUGAAAAACCAUAUGGACCGUAUCCACUGUACGUAACAAAUAUUAAAAAUAAAGCUGUACCAAUUUUACAGGCAUACGCAAAUACUAAAUACGCGGGCAAAGUUGUUUUAAAAUUUGAUUCUAAUGGUGACUUAGUUAGUAUCAAUGGUUCACCGACAUUAUUGAAUCAUGAUAUAAAACAAGAUCCAGAAAUGUUGACUGUGGUCGAUAAAUGGAAACCACAAGUAACUAGCAUUACAAACGUUACGAUCGGACGUACGGCUGUCGAGUUGAUAAACAAUUGUCACGAAAUGGAAUGCAAUAUAGGUAACCUGAUAGCUGAUUCUUUCGUAUACUACAAUAUUAUGAAAAAAGAAAAUUACAAUGGUUAUUGGACUGAUGCUCCUAUUGGAAUCGUUCAAUGUGGUGGUAUUCGGACUACACUCAACGAAACUGAUCACGAUGGUUACAUCACUUUAGGGCAGUUAAUCAAUGUCAUGCCAUUCCAAAACAAACUGGUUAAAGUUACUAUUUCUGGAAGUAGCUUAUUAGAAGCAUUUGAACAUAGUGUUUACGACUUUGUAGAGCAUCGAGGCGGAUCUAAAUUUUUACAAGUAUCUGGCGUUUUAAUUGAGUAUAAUUUAGCAAACAGUCCUGGUCACCGAGUCUCUUCAUUAUUAAUCCGAUGCAGUGAUUGUAACGUUCCUAAAUUUGAACCUUUACAGUUAACUGCAAACUAUACAAUAAUAAUGAACAGUUAUAUAGCCGACGGUGGUGAUAAUUUUAAGUCAUUUAAAAACAGAUUAGAGAAAUACAAAGAAUUAGAUAUUGAAGAUUUCAAUGCAACAGCAAUAUAUAUGGAAUCGAUGAGUCCUAUAACUACUGGAGUAGAAGGAAGAAUCAAGUUUGUAUCUAAUAACAAUGAAAAG